AUGACUGCAGCAGGUCUGACCGCCUCGCACAUGCGCAGUCCUGCGCAGCGUCAGCUCUGUCGCAGACGUGACGUCAUCAGUGUUGGCGGUAUUUUGAAAAAGAAGCGUCUGUUGUUGUCCGCGUCCUGGAUAAAAAAAGACUGGUAUCUUCAAAUUAUGGGUGAGGUGAAGUCAGGCGGCCAGGCAGCAGCCGAGCUGUCAGAGGCUGCUCAGACUGAGCUGCUGGACCUGUGUGAGGAUCAGUUUGCUCAGCUGGAAAAGCUUCAGAAUGAGAUUAUACUUUGUGAACCAGACUUUUGUGAGGAUCCUCAAGAGCAGUCGGUUAAUCGACUGAUGGCAACAGAGGCUGAGCUGAAGCAGUGGCUGGCAGAGGAGCCGAACUUGCUGGCAACAAAUUCAGAAGUUUUACUUCAAGCUGGAAAAGAGGAGAUGCUCAAGCUGUGCUCUGAACUGGAGAUGGUUGUUUCUUGUCACGAAGCAAAGAGAGACAAACUGAGAGAAACUAAAGAACUUGAACAGAAGUGGUUGGAGGAGAAGGAACAGGUGCUGAUAGCUGCCGAUGACCAUGUCAAACGACUUCAAAUGGAAAAGGGGAAAUCAUCAGAGCACAGUGUAUUGCUGGACACCAAAGAGAAAAUCCAGAAAAUGAAGGUCUACCAGGAAAGGCUGAUGGAGUGUCUGGGGGAUGUUCUGGAGGAGCACGUCCCUCUCGUUCAGAAUGAAUCCAGCACAAGCAAGAAAAAGAAGAACGUUACCCAGGAGUUAGAUGAAGACCUGAUUUCACUUAAUGAAAUUCUUGAGCUGCUCAUGAACCAGGUCCUGACGACCCCACAUGACCCCUAUGUGACACUGAACAACACAUUCUGGCCACCGUACAUAGAGAUGCUGCUACGCUACGGCAUUGCAGUGAGGCACCAAGAGAAUAACUUCAAGAUCCGCUUGGAAACCUUUUGUUAAGGCAAUGGGUGCAUUAGGCAUCUCAAGCACCACUUAUCUGCUAAUGCUUCUAAUUUGAGUCUGCCUGUAUAGUGCUAUCAUUGUGUAUAUUUAUGUAAGCUGAUAUGAGGAGUAGCUUUGCUGGGAGAGCUAUGAGGGCAGUGAUUUACUGUAGUGUGCAUUGUAAGAUAGAUUUUGCCAAAUCAGGCUGCACUUAAGUAUUUUUUAAGAACUGUUUUGUAUGUACAACAUAACCAUGGGUCCUUUUUAAAAUGUCAACACUUCAAUUUAAGUUAUGAAAGUAUUUAAAUGUUAAGACAUACAUUUUGACUUUGAAUGUUAACUCACAUUAAUACUCAGUAGGGUUAAAAGCUUUCCUACCUUCGGCUACAUCAGGGGUGUCAAACUCAGUGCAUCAUUUUUAGGUGUGGAUUGGACCCUUUUGGGGGCCGGUUCUGGCCCCUGGGAUGCAUGUUUGACACCCCUGAGCUACAUAUUUCAUUUCAUAGCUGUUUUCAAUGGCGGACUUUAAUAAGCAAUGGGCGAUCUAUGUUUAUAUUUGUCUUUAAAUGUGUUUUCAUUUUUGUUCAGAUCCCUUAAAAGAUUUCUGAAUAUUUCACAUACCCCAGCAAUGUAAUGUAUAUAUGUCAGUUUGUUUAUUUGUUUGUAUAUAUUUUCUUGUUCAAUAAACGUGGUA